GCCAUAUAAAGUCUUGGAGAUAACAAGCAUUUCUCAAAUUCUUCACUUUGACGCCCAGUCGCUCUGAACCCAAGCAGUGAGCAGCCAUGCCAUCUGAACUAGAGAAGGCCAUGGAGUCCCUCAUCAUGGUGUUCCACCGGUACGCUGGGAAAGAAGGGAGCCCUGGCACCCUGACCCGCCGAGAGCUCCGAACUCUGAUGGAGAAUGAACUAGCUGCGUUUCUCAAGUCUCAGAAAGACCCUACCACAGCAGACAGAAUUAUGAGAGACCUGGACGCCAAUGGAGAUGGAGAAGUGAAUUUUGAAGAGUUUGUGUCGCUUGUAGUGGGUCUAGCCAUCGCCUGUGAGGAGUGCUACCGGAUGCAAUUAAAGAAGACACGAAGCUGGAAAUGAACAGAAGGGAUUAUGAAGAGGAAAAUGAUUAACUCAACUUAAUUUAUCCUGUUAUCUAUUAAAAUAACUGUUUUGUCCCAUAA